CAAAAUACAACUGUACGCUCUAAUCCCAUCUCUAAACAACACCAACACCAAAAACGGCAAAGUUUUUUUUAUUGGCAAUAAUUAUUUAAAAAAGAAAAGCGAGAACAGGAGAAUCCAGCUACCGAGUGCCGUGCGCUGCGUACCCCGAGGCGAUACCAGAAAUUAACUGCUUGCGUGUGCCCCGGGACCGGACCACAACCGGAUCGCAGGCGGCGCCAUGAGUGUGCUGGCGUAUCCACGUACCAACGAUGAGGAGAUUUUCCGACACUGCGGCAAGGACUGCGGGGUGGUUACGGCCACCGAGGACUUUCAGUAUUUCGCCCUGCGCUGCAUAUUCUGCAGCGAGAAGUUCCUCUACUUUGACUCCUUCAUGGGGCACAUGCAGACGGCGCAUCUGGGGGAUCAGUCUGUGGCGAAUCCAGCCGAAGCCGCCGCCGCCGUUGGUGCCUCCUCAACGGCCGCUGGCGGCGGCGGCGGCGGUACAUCCUCCUCCACCUCCAAUUCAGCCAGCACUCUCCGGGGCCUGCAUCUUGGCGAUCCAAUGUCGCUAUCGGACGCGGGAAGGGAGCAGUUGCUGCCAAAUUUUCAUGAGAUCGAAGACUUGACGGACGCCGAUACAGCGCUGCUGGAGCCGCAGAUGGUCAUCAAACAGGAGCUGCAAGAUUUGCCCUGCAGCGAUGCCGACGAGGACAUGGCUGAUUCCGAGGCGGAUUCCGAGGCAGACCACGACGACGACGAUGACGACAACAACGAGGCCAUACUGCCCGAGAGCGAUGUGCCGGCGGUGAGCAGCAGCAGUGCCGGCGGCGGCCACAAGCCCAAGACGCGGAUGAAGGUGACAAAGCCACGACAAACGGUAAUGCCAAACGAGACGCCACUGAUCAUGGCCGAUGCCGAGGGAGAUGGUGACUCCUUUACGGACGAUUACGGUGAUCUGGACAACAGCUAUAUGGACGAAAACUCUGGCGAAUAUAUGGAUUAUGGCGAGCCCUUUGAGCCAAGCCAGCUGUGCCUAGAUUCCACGUUCCUUAGCUACGACGAGAUGGUGGAGGAGUCCCUGCUGGGGCGCGAUCGGGAGGUGACCAUGCACAUCAAGGACCGCAAAAUGAUCAAGUUCCUCAUCCAUUCGUACAAGCGCAAUCCCUUCUUGUGGGACCACGGGAAUCCCCAGUUUCGUGAUCGCGUCAAGCGUGCCCGCUUCCUCGACUGGAUCGUGCUGGAGUUCAAGAGCCGCUUUAAUAUCUCCCUGGCCAAGGAUGCCAUCACCCGAAAGUGGGACAAUCUGCGGACAGUGUACAAGCGAGAGUGCAAUCGGAUGGCCUUGGAGAAGACCAACAUUAGCACAUUGUGGUACUUCAAGGAGCUGCAUUUCCUCAACGAGGUCUACAGCUACAACGACAAGAUGUCCGAUGCCGUGGUCAAGGAAACAUCGUAUCGUCGCCGUUUCUCGGCCAUUUGGAAUGACACCUCGACGGCCAAGCUACUCAGCAUGGUGAAGCGUUACCAGUGCUUCUACAAUCGCUUCGAUCCUGAUUAUCGCAGUAAGGAACGACGCGGCGAGGGCCUUCAUCAGAUGGCCAUGGAGCUGCAGCAACUGAUCGAUGUGACCACCAUUCAAAUCUCUAAGCGCAUCUCGCAGCUGCGCUUUGAUUACUCCAAACAGAAGAUGGAGCGCCUGAAUUGCGAACGCCAUGGCCGUAAGUUUAUUGCCAACUAUAUAUACUACGAUCAGAUGCACUUUAUGGACGAGGAUAUACCGCCGUUCAAGUGCCAGCACUGUCCGGAGAUUGUGCAGACACUCCGAGAACUGGAUCUCCACAUGCUCAGCCAUCAGCCCAGCCUGGGCGGUGGUUACUUUUGCAACAUUUGCACCAUUCAGUUUCACAAUGCCGAGGACUUUGAGAGUCACAAGCAACUGCAUUUGGGCGCCGGCAAUGAAAUCAAAUUCAACUGUGAACUCUGCACGGCGAGCUUCCGGGAGAAGGCCAACUAUGAUGAGCACUUGCGGAGGCAUAACGAGGAGCUAUUCCUGCCUUCGCUGGCCAUGAAUCAUAGCAUUUUAGAGGCCGGCACUGCGGACGAAAUGGAGGAUGAGGCACCAGCGCCGCCGCCGCCGCCUACUGUCGGAGGUAGAGGUCGCAAGAGGAACGCUGCAGGUGCAUCGAAAUCAUUACCAGCAGUGGACCUGAACGAUGAGGAGGAUGGCACAACGGCAGCGGGUAGCGAUGUGGCCAAGCCUUAUGGCUGUGAGGUAUGCCACCGGAGCUUUGCAACACCGGGCCACCUCAAUGCCCAUCGGAUUGUGCAUCAGGAUGAGCGCGAGCGGUGCUACAAAUGCGACUAUCCGCAGUGCAAUAAAUCGUUUGUGGCCCGCAACAGCCUGUUUGAGCACCUGAAGCAGCACUAUAGCAACGAGGAGUUCAAGUGCGACAUCUGCGGCAAGACAUUCAAGUCCACGAAGAACCUGCAGAACCACAAGCAGAUUCACGACAAGGUCAAGCGCUAUGUCUGCCAGAUCUGUGGCUCGGCCUUUGCCCAGGCGGCCGGCCUGUAUCUCCACAAGCGUCGCCACAAUCGACCCAAUGGUGCUGUCGGUGCUGUGGGACGCUCCGGUCGUAGUAGUCUGUGAGAUAGGGAGUGGGAGAGGGACAAGGACAAGGACAAGAUCAAGGCAGCGAGCGUCGGUCGGGGUGGACGCGGAGGCGGAGGACGUGGCCGUGGUCGUGGUCGGGGUCGUGGGCGAUAUGUCAAAUAGUUUUCUAAGCAACUCAAAAAGGCAGCUUUCCUUACAUUUAUACAAUGAUUGGUAAUUGUACAUGUAAUUGGUUUUCAUUGAGUGUAUUUUGUAUUUUUUUAAAACCUUAAAUUGUAAACUGUAACCUGUAGCUGGUACUUAAAGCAAAACAAAGUAUUUAACAAACAUUUAGGCCUAAGCUAGACACACACACUUCCUUCCCUCCACAAGUUCCCAAUGAUUCUUGAGUAAGUUCAAAAUGAAAGAGACGGCAUAUGAUCAAGAGAGAAAGAGAGAGCUAGCUCUGUACUUACAACCCUAGUAUAUUUAUAAUAUUAUUUAUAAGAAUAAAUAUUAAACAUUUCUGUGCCAAUUUCACGUCCUUCUCCCAAUGAUUGUAAUGUUAGCCAUGUAAGAAUUGUAAACACAUUCCUUCCCCCGCGCUCCGGUAAGAGACAUUCCACACAUUACCAAGUAUUUCGAAAGAGUAUUCUAUGUAACUAAACUUAACUUAACUUAUAUAUACACACAUAGAGCAGAUAGCAAAGCCGACUAAUUAAUUAACUAAGUUACUAAGCGCCGCAUAAACUGAGCCGUAAGCUUAAGGUCAGCAGGAGAAAUAGAAACACAAAAUAUAUGACCACAGUGCGUCCGCCAAAAUGACUGAGAAUCUGAGAGCAAGGCAGAGAGAUUACAAUUACGAGAGGCCCACAAAAACCUAGCCCUAACUCUUAAUAUAUAUUUUAAAGCUAUUCUGUACAUAUGUAAGCUGUAUUAACAGUAGAUAUAUAUACCUACGCAGGCUCCUUGGCAAUAUAUACUGGAACUAGAGAGGAGAUUUCCGCAGAGAAGCUUUCCCAUUUUUAGGCCUAAGUUCGUAUUUAGCACAAUUUCGCAGAUACCCGGAGGAUCCUGCUCUGAUGAUUACUCAUGCAAACUUUAAAAAUAAUACAAAAACAAAAAAAUAGUAAAAGAAGGCAGCCAAAAAUCCGCUUAUCACUAAAUGCUGAUAACAUGCCGGAUCGAGGGGCUUUAUUCAAAACAAAUUGUGAAAUAGUUAACACGAGGAGAAAGAGGAGAACGAGUCCAGAGAGACAGUUUGGAGGAGAUUAUCGGAACAAAAGUGCGCUUCCAGGAGACAAAAUAGAGAGAUCAACCUCAAACCUUAAAUGGAAAACAAAAAACAAACAAAACAAGAAAGCAAAAAGAAACUCAACCCAAGGAGGAAACCUAAACUAAAAUAAAUAAUAACUGAAAAAAACUGAAACCCAGGUAGCACUCUUAAUGGAUAAUGAAUAUUUUAUAGAUCUAAGUGAAAGUCUUCUGAACUAAACUAUAACUAAAGCUAAUGUAAAUUAACUGAUUAACUGAGAGAAACAAACAACAAAUCACAAUUCUAUUUAUAUCCUAGCAAUAUCGAAUGAGAUUUUAGUACGAUACACACACACGCAUAUUCGAAGUAUUCUCGAAUAAAUAGGUUUAAAUAAUUUAAAAGAAAACAAAACAAAAAAAAGAAAAAACA